AUGCUGUGGGUUACCUUGCUGAGCACCAUAGCCUUAGGAUGGACCACCCCGAUCCCACUAAUAGAGGACUCCGAGGAGAUCGACGAGCCCUGCUUCGAGCCCUGCUACUGCGAAGUCAAAGAGGGCAUUUUCCACGUCCACUGUGACAGUAAAGGAUUUACAAAUGUCAGCCAGAUCUCGCAGAUAUGGAGCCGGCCUUUCAAACUCAACCUGCAGAGAAAUUCCAUGAGGAAGCUUUACUUCAAUAGCUUCCUCCAUCUAAACAAUGCCAUUUCCAUCAAUCUGGGUAACAACGCAUUGCAAGAUAUCCACGCUGGAGCGUUCAAUGGCUUAGGAAUACUCAAACGGCUGUUCCUACAUGAAAACAAACUAGAAGUUUUCCGGAAUGACACUUUUCUGGGGUUGGAGAGUUUAGAGUAUCUCCAGGCGGACUACAAUGUUAUCAAAAGGAUUGAAAGUGGUGCAUUCAGGCACCUUCACAAAUUGAGAGUGCUCAUACUAAAUGACAAUCUGAUCCCCGUGCUCCCAAAUUAUCUUUUCCGGUCUGUGUCACUCACACAUCUGGACCUCAGAGGAAACAGACUAAAGACACUGCCGUAUAGGGGCACGCUGGAGUACGUUGGGAGGAGCUUAAUGGAAAUCCAGCUGGAGGAGAAUCCCUGGAACUGUGUGUGUGAGAUUGUCCAAUUAAAAACGUGGCUAGAGAGAAUCCCUUAUACGGCUUUGGUAGGUGAGAUCACAUGUGAAUACCCAUUCCACCUACAUGGGAAAGACUUACGGGAAAUCAAGCGCAGUGAGCUCUGUCCGCUGCUCUCCGAUGCAGAGAUUGAGGCCAAGCUGGGAAUUCCCCGGGUCCCAUUUAGCAAUGAGAACACAUGGCCUACUAAACCUUCCUCCAUGCUCUCCUCCUUUCACAACACAGCAUCUUCUGUGGAAUACAAGGAAAGAGUUGUCAAGCCUACCAAACGACCUCGGCCCACAAAGAACCCCCCAACGCCUCGUAGCAUCUACCCAGGCAUCAACCAACCCCCUAUUGCUGGCUACCAAACAAGGCCUCCUAUCCCCAUAAUUUGUCCAGCUGGAUGUAUUUGCAACCUUCACAUCAAUGACCUGGGGCUGACGGUGAACUGCAAAGAGAAAAGCUUUCACAACAUCUCUGAGCUCCUCCCUCGGCCCCUCAAUGCCAAGAAAUUGUAUCUCAGUGGGAACCUAAUACAGAAAAUCUACCGUUCUGAUUUCUGGAAUUUCUCAAGUUUGGAUUUACUGCAUUUAGGGAAUAAUCGGAUAUCCUACGUCCAGGAGGGCGCCUUUAUUAACCUGCCAAAUUUGAAAAGUUUAUACCUGAAUGGAAAUGACAUUGAGAGGCUCACCCCUGGGAUGUUUCGAGGGCUUCAGAUGUUGAGUUAUCUUUACUUUGAGUAUAAUGUCAUACGUGAGAUACAACCCAACUCUUUCUCCCUAAUGCCAAAUCUCCAGCUGGUUUUCCUCAAUGACAAUCUCUUACGCUCCCUGCCCACUGACGCCUUCUCUGGCACCAAGCUUACACGCCUCAACCUUCGCAACAACUACUUCCUUUCCCUGCCUGUCCGUGGCGUUCUGGAGCAUCUGACCUCCAUUGUCCAGAUUGACCUCCACCAGAACCCCUGGGACUGCUCUUGUGAUAUAAUUCCCCUCAAACAGUGGCUGGAAAAGCUCUCCUCUGUCAUCGUGGUGGGAGAUGUCAUCUGCAAGACACCUAACUUUGCUUUAGGGAAGGAUCUGCGUUCACUGGAAGUUGAGGUCAUCUGUCCUGAGCUUAAGUAUUCCUCCGGUCCUUCGCCAGCCCUGCCUGGUGGGGAUGACCUCACCACGGGGAGCUCUGAUAUGGGGGAGGCAGGUGGGAGAGGAGCAGUUCCACUGUCUGUCCUCAUCCUCAGCCUGCUCAUACUAUUCAUCUCUGCUGUAUUUGUGGCUGCCGGGCUUUUCGCUUUCGUUCUCCGUCGCAGGAAGAAGCUACCCUUCCGGAAACGUUCUGAGGUAGAUCUGACAGGGAUCCAGAUGCAGUGCAGGAUUUUUGAGGACCCACCGAGGCAGAGUAGCGCCGGUAACACAGGCACACCAGAGAAACCGCCACCCAGUAUGCACACACACGCUCACACUAGUCACACACAUGCCCACGGUCACGUUUAUGAUUACAUCCCCCACCCGGUGACUCAGAUGUGUAACAACCCCAUCUAUAAGCCUAGAGAGGGCGAGAUAGCAGAGGAAGACAGAGCUCAGUUUUCAGAGAAGAAAGACAAUGGCAGUAGCAGUAGCAACAGUAACUACAGGACCUUGUUAGAGAAAGAGAGAGAGUGGACCCUGGCCGUCUCCAACUCUCAACUCAACACCAUUGUCACAGUCAACCACACCACGGCUGACAUGGCAGGAUUUCAUGAGAACGGAGGGCUCUGCCCUACAGUGAUUGACAGUCAGAGGCCCACGCCGACAGUGGGCUUUGUAGACUGUUUGUAUGGGACAGUACCCAAACUAAAGGACAUGCAUGUGGCGCAUGCGCACCCACCAGGCAUGCAGUACCCCGAUUUGCAGCAGGAUGCACGGCUGAAGGAGACAUUGCUUUUUACGGCGGGGAAAGGCUGCUACCCCGACCCGUCCCAAAGCGAUUACCUCGAGUUAAGGGCCAAACUUCAAACCAAGCCGGAUUACCUCGAAGUCUUGGAAAAAUCUUACCGGUUUUAA